AUGUCUGUAAGUAACCACGAAAACCGGAAGUCACGCUCCAGCUCCGGCUCCAUGAACAUCCAGCUUUUUCACAAGACGUCGCAUGCCGACAGCCUGUUGACUCAGCUCAACCUGCUGCGCAAGCGAAGAGUCUUCACCGACGUCGUGCUGAAAGCCAGCAACCGCUCCUUCCCAUGCCACCGGGCAGUUCUGGCCUCCUGUAGCCGCUACUUUGAGGCCAUGUUCAGCGGGGGGCUCAGGGAGAGUCGGGAUGCUGACGUCAACUUUCACGACUCUCUCCACCCGGAAGUACUGGAGCUGUUGCUUGACUACGCCUACUCGGCCCGGGUCAUCAUCAAUGAGGAGAACGCGGAGUCACUGCUGGAAGCUGGGGACAUGCUUCAGUUCCACGACAUCCGGGACGCAGCGGCAGAGUUCCUAGAGAAGAACCUCCAUCCGUCUAAUUGUCUCGGGAUGAUGCUUCUGUCGGACGCCCACCAGUGUCAGAGGCUGUAUGAGCUGUCAUGGAGAAUGUGCCUGGCAAACUUUGCAACUCUCUUCAGAACAGAGGACUUCCUCAGCCUGCCCAAAGAUAAAGUCCAGGAGCUGAUCCUCAGUGAGGAGCUGGAGGUGGAGGACGAGAGCCUGGUGUACGAGGCUGUCAUCGACUGGGUGAAGGCGGACAUGGAGCGGCGGCACAGUGAGUUGCCUGAUCUGCUGCGGUGCGUGCGCCUGGCCCUGUUGCCAGAGUCAUAUCUGCUGAAGAACGUCGCUUCGGAGGAGUUGGUGAUGUGCCACAAGGUGGGCCGGGAGAUCGUAGAAGACGCAGUGCGGUGCAAGAUGAGGAUCCUCCAGAACGACGGCAUUGUGACGGGGUUCUGUGCGCGGCCCAGAAAAGUGAGCCAGGCCUUGCUGCUUCUUGGGGGACAGACAUUCAUGUGUGACAAAGUCUACAUGAUUGACAACAAAACCAAGGAGAUCACACCCAAAACAGACAUCCCAAGCCCCAGGAAGGAGUGCAGUGCUUGUGCCAUUGGUUGUAAGGUUUAUGUUACUGGUGGCCGCGGCUCUGAGAACGGAGCCUCUAAGGAUGUCUGGGUCUACGACACGUUGCACGAUGAGUGGUCAAAAGCAGCGCCAAUGCUUGUGGCCAGAUUCGGACACGGCUCCGCAGAGCUUGACCACGUGCUGUACGUAGUGGGAGGACACACGUCGCUGGCGGGAUCCUUCCCUGCGUCUCCGUCCGUGUCUCUAAAACAAGUCGAACAGUACGACCCGCAGAGCAACAAGUGGACCCUGGUUGCCCCGCUGAGGGAAGGCGUGAGCAAUGCCGCGGUGGUCGGUGCCAAAAACAAACUCUUUGCUUUCGGAGGCACCAGUGUGAACAGAGACAAAUACCCCAAGGUGCAGUGCUUCGACCCCUGCCAGAACCGGUGGUCCGUACCCGCCGCCUGUCCUCAGCUGUGGCGGUACACGGCAGCGGCCGUCGUCGGCAACCACGUCGUCGUAAUUGGAGGCGACACGGAGUUCUCGGCCAGCUCUGCGUACCGCUUCAACAGCGAGACAUAUCAGUGGUCGAAGUUCGGUGAUGUCACUGCCAAACGCAUCAGCUGUCACGCGGUGGCAUCAGGGAACAGGCUGUAUGUGGUUGGAGGGUACUUUGGGGCUCAGAGGUGUAAGACGCUAGACUGUUACGAUCCAUCAUCAGACUCCUGGGACAGUGUGACCAGUGUGCCAUACUCACUCAUUCCUACUGCCUUCGUCAGCACAUGGAAGUACCUGCCGUCUUAGACACACAGGCUGUGCAACUUUUCUAAAUGCGCUGCGGUGUCUGGUAUGCAGGCAUAUGUCUCUCUGCUGGCUCCAAAGAGGAGAAGAAGGGGUUUGUGUCUUCUCGUUGGGGCUUCUGAUGAGUCUGCAGAGGAGCAGAGGCCUGGAAACAGCCCAGAGACUGAGAGUCUGCGCCCCCCCACCCGCCCCACCUGAUCUGUUUACUCUGACUUCUUGUGUAAUUUUCUCAUGGAAGCAGUCUGAGCAGGAGCGGUUGCCAUGAUUACUCCAGAGGACCUUGCAGUCAUCUCUGCUCCUUCUCUUUCCUCCUCCUGGGACAAAUAAGCUACUAUGACCGGACCGGACCUGUUCUGGUCCUUUUAUAGUUUUAUGGACAUGAUGUUUUACAGUGAAGCUCUCUCUCCCUUUCGCCUGACACGUUUACUCAGGUGUGUGUUAUUUCCCCUCUCGCAGGGCUGAAUUGGACCUCCCCUCAGCCGGCCGUGCGGUGAAGGAAGCAAGUCGUUUGUGAAAGUGUAUUAUUUUGUGCACAGAAAUAUUCUUCCUCUCUAUAUUUUUAGACUUUGGACUCGGGCUUCCCUCAAUUUUGGUGAGCUAAAUUUGUACUCUGCUCUGCAACUGAAAAAAGUAACAAGCUCGCGGGAGAGAAUGUUGAAGGAGAUGCUUAUCUGAUUCAGUUCUUUUUUGUUUUUGUCUCAGGGUUUUGUUUUUGUUUUUUUUUACUUGUUCAAAGAAGGGUUACGUCUUCCUCUAUUGUCCUUUUCUUUAGUUUUUGUGAAUGUAAUAUAUACGAGUUGCAUUGUUUUUGACUCUUACAGAGGUCAAAAAUGGAAAAGAAAUAUAGCGAAAUCUUUAACUUUAGUGAUAUUUUGCAUUUGAAUAAUAGCUAAGUGUCUCCUUUGUAGUUAGCUCUGUAGUUCUUUUAAAAAAAUAUUUCUAUGUACAUUUUUUAGAACUCUUGUGUGUAUAGUUUGUACAUUAGUUUUGUAAUUAUUAAUAUGUAGAUAUCUUUUUUUUAUUUGCACAAAGAAAUCUUCCAGUGGUCUUAAUUUUAUAUCUUGGUCUUAACCCAGCUUGGGUAGUGUGAGUAAUUGAAGCCUUUUUGUAGCACAUUUUCGCGUCUUCUUCUUCCACGUUCGCACACUGUGCAAGUCGCCAAUGUAUCUAUUUGUCUGUUCUACCAAUAUGUAUACUGAUACAACCUGUCAAUAAACCUGAUUUUGCGGAAAACAA